AUGGACAUUCUCGAUUAUAUCGACAGGAUUAGUGCUGGUGAGUGCUCUUUCGGUUUGUUUUCAGAUACCAAUCGAAUACAUCGUUCAGAUCCUCCAGCACCAUCACGGGUAGCUAGCUUCAAUCAGAAUAUCCAUUUGGUUCCUGAGUUUCUAGAAUGGCCGAAUUCGGAAACCGAACAGGAGAGCUUCGCCGUUCCAGAACCAUCUUCCCUAGGACCUUCUACAUCUGGCCCGAGCACCACAGGCAUCUUCCGGUCAGUUACGGAACGAUUGAUGGUGUAUUUUCCCGAUACCUGCACGGUAAUUGAAUACUCUUCUCAUGCAUAUCUCAUUCAUCGACCAAUUUUACAGACAAUCACAACGAAUAUGCUCGAUUUGAUCUGCUCGACUCGCUCCGACAAUGACAUCCAAAACGAGCUCAUCGAAUUGCUCGGCUUUGAACUGUUCGAUUUGGUCGGAGAAAUACUCGAGAACCGCAAUAAAAUCAGCUACGAAGCAAAGAGCAAAGCGCUUGAACAAGUCACAGAAGCCAAGCAGAAUAAACCGAAAGUGAGAGAUUUAUACACCUUCCACACAAUUUUUGCAAAAAGAAAUGGCGAGACAUAG